CACUGGCACAGUUUUACAAGUGAUAACGCGUUGCAUAAGUUUGAAAAAGUCGUUUUUAAAAAUCUGAAUUUUUGUUUAAUAUAAGAGUAGAAUAACAAAAAAAUCAUAAUGAACCUUUAAAUUGCGAUUCUUUAUAUUUGUCUUUUACAAUGAGUGCAUAGCAUAUCGGCACCGUUUAAUCGUGAAUCAUUGUUUUAACCUAUAAAAGUUUGGGUGGGAAAUAAUGAUGUCCAUGGAAAAGCGGAAGUUCGCAAGUUUUGCGACAGCUACGCGCACUCCUGGCUGUUAGUGUGGCUGACAUCAGCCACAGAUGAAAAAUGACUGCGAGCGAGCAAAAUCAGAGAGUCGAUUUUUAACGUUACGAAAAGGGCAUAGAAGAAAUGAAUUUCCAGAAAUGUGUUGUUUUAGUCAACCUGACACUCCUGGGUGCAAUAGUGGUAUGGAUUCAUUGUGCUCCAGUCAGCAAAAGGACCAACAGAAAUGAAAUCGUCAUAAAAAUAUCAAAACAAUCAGGUGUUAUAAAAAUAUCAAGACCAUCUCAGCAAAUAAAACACCAGAGGCGUCAGAAAAUAAUUCGAUGCUGCGGGAAAUUGAGCUGCACCUCUGGUGGAAAGUCUAAGAAUGCUACUAGAAAGACCACAAAAAUUGAUAAUGCGUCAAGCAAAGUUAUCAUGCAAACGGACACCACCGCAAUGGCCGAAGGGGGUAAUACUGACCCAGCAGGCGAAGUUAGUACUGAAGAUCCAAUGGCCGAGACCGCUGCACCAGAGGACGCUGCUGCUACAGAUAGCCCUGUUGCUCCCGGCUCAAGCUGCACCUCAGAGCCAGCUACCAUGCCUCCAGGAAUGGCCAUUCCUCCAGGAUUUGCUUUGCCUUUUCCAAUGCCACCAGGUAUAGUAAUGACUGUACCUCCUGGAAUGACUUGGCCACCAGGAAUGGGACCUACCUGUCCACCAGUAGACUCAGGUGGCUCAGGGGGCGAAGGUGCUGUCGACUCUACAGUUGAUUCAGGGGGAGCAGGAGGUGCAGAAGCAGGAGCAGGAGGAGGAGGAGGAGGAGGAGGAGGGAUUGUGGGUGACACGACACCAUCCAGUGGGCUUUCAGGUGGAGGUGGCGGGUCACAGAGCUGCUCUUCGGAGCCACCAACCAUUCCUCCAGGUGUGACCAUCCCUGCUGGCGCGACCUUACCAGGCGGCUUCCCCGUCCCUCCUGGCAUGACAUUCCCGCCGGGAGCGACCUGGCCGCCAGGAAUGGGUCCCACGUGCCCACCAGACGGCGGUGCGGCCCCAGCGGACCCCGGUGUUGGUGGAGGGGCCACGACCCCGAUGCCGGACAGCACGCAAGCGGCGGCAACGACGACAGCGGCGCCGACAGCGUCGACGAGGGCUCCGGCAGUCGCCAGUUGCAGCAGCGAGCCGGCGACGAUGCCCCCGGGCGGCACGUUCCCACCGAGUAUCCCUGGUAUUCCUCCGGGAAUGUUGGUUCCGCCUGGAGUCACCUACCCUCCUGGAAUGGAGCCGACCUGCCCACCAGUCGCCGACCCCCCGACGACGACUUCAACAAAGGCACCGUGUGAACCUGCGACGGUCGGACCCGGAAUGACGUUUCCACCCGGAGCAACACUGAUGCCGGGAGUGCCCGUCCCACAAGGAAUGACUAUGCCACCUUCUUUGACUUUCCCGCCAGGGAUGGGACCAACUUGCCCCCCGUAAUCAGUGCACAUUUAUUCGGUUUUGCAAUAAAGAAAGGUUGUAAUUUUAUGUGAAAUAAAUUUGUUCGGCGUUUCUUUAUUAAA